GCUCUGGAUGAUCUUGAGGCUCAUGUGAUAACAGCUGAGGGGGUCCACACUGAUUGGCAACCUGUGGGUGACCUGCUUAUUGACUCAUUGCAGGAUCACAUUGAUAAAACCACAGUAACUUUCCUGGAGCAAGUCUGGUUUCCUUCGGAUGAGACGACUUUCAGACAUACACCCUUUAUUAUGAGAUUUAAUUGCGGUAAAAUGAGGAGGAUUUUUAUUCACUGAGACACACAUGACUAUAUGUUUAAAGCAUUGGAAAAUGCGUUCUGUUCGGACUGUCAUGUUAUCUGGUGUUUGUACCAGGCUUUCUGAUUAAAUGCAAGUGAUUAAGGAUGCUAAUGAUGCCACAUGUUAUUACAAGAGGAAAUGAACAUACAAGUCAGAAUUUUAUGCCACAUUUAUACAUAGCAUAGACCAUGCAGCAUGGAUGCAGUGACUGAGUGAAAUGGGAUGCAGUGACUGAGUGAAAUGGGAUGCAGUGACUGAGUGAAAUGGGAUGCAGUGACUGAGUGAAAUGGGAUGCAGUGACUGAGUGAAAUGGGAUGCAGUGACUGAGUGAAAUGGGAUGCAGUGACUGAGUGAAAUAGGGAUGCAGUGUGAGAGGGAAAUAGGGAUGCAGUGACUGAGACAAAUGGGAUGCACUGACAGAUGGAAAUGGGAGACAGUGCCUCAGUGAAAUGCUCACAACGAAUUGCCCCCUCCAGUCCUGACCCGCUCUCAUCAACUUGCCCCCUCCGUCCUGCCCUGCUCACAGCGACUUUCCCCAUCCGUCCUGACCCGCUGACAGCGAAUUGUCCCCUCCGUUCUGACCCACUCGCAGCGACCUGCCCCUACAGUCGUGACCCGCUCACACCGACUAGCGCCUGCAGUCCUGACCCGCUCACACAGACGAGCGCCUGCAGUCCUGACCCGCUCACAGUGACUCGCCCCUGCAGUCCUGACCUGCUCACAGCGACUUCUCUCUGCAGACCUGACCCACUCACAGCGAAUUACCCCUGCAGUCCUGACCCGCUCAUUGCGACUUGCCCCUGCAGUCCUGGCCCCCUCUCAGCGACUCGCCCCUUCAGUCCUGUCCCAAUCACAAGGACUUGCCCUCUCCAUCCUUACCCGCUCACAGCGACUUGCCCCCUCAGUCCUGACCCCCUCACAGCAACCUGCCCCCUCCGUGCUGACCCGCUCACAGUGACUUGCCCCUGCAGUCCUGGCCCCCUCACAGUGACCUGCCCCCUCACUCCUGACCCGCUCAACAUUGAGGAAACCAAGCAGAGGCUUGGGGACCGCUUUGCAGAACACCUCCACUCGGUUCGCAACAAACAACUGCACCUCCCAGUCGCGAACCAUUUUAACUCCCCCUCCCAUUCCUUGGACGACAUGUCCAUCAUGGGCCUCCUGCAGUGCCACAAUAAUGCCACCCGAAGGUUGCAAGAACAGCAACUCAUAAUCCGCUUUGGAACCCUGCAACCCAAUGGUAUCAAUGUGGACUUCACAAGCUUCAAAAUCUCCCCCUCCCCAACUGCAUCCCAAAACCAGCCCAGUUCUUCCCCUCCCGCGACUGCAUCACAAAACCACCCCAGCCGUUCCCUUCCCCCCACUGCUUCCCAAAACCAGCCCAGCCUGUUUCCGCCUCCUUAACCUGUUGUUCCUCUCACCCAUCCCUUCCUCCCACCUCAAGCCACACCUCCAUUUCCUACCUACCACCUCAUCUUACCUCCUUGA